GGACGGGAAUUCGCUCGCUCGGAAUCCCGGGAUGCUGCGGCCAGGGCGGGCUGAGCUUUCCCGGGCCGAGCUUUCCCGGGCCGAGCUUUCCCGGGCCGAGCUUUCCCGGCCCGAGCUUUCCCGGCCCGAGCUUUCCCGGCCCGAGCUUUCCCGAGCUGAGCUUUCCCGGCCCGAGCUUUCCCGGCCCGAGCUUUCCCGGCCCGAGCUUUCCCGGACCGAGCUUUCCCGGCCCGAGCUUUCCCGAGCUGAGCUUUCCCGGACCGAGCUUUCCCGGCCUGAGCUUUCCCGGCCCGAGCUUUCCCGGCCCGAGCUUUCCCGGCCCGAGCUUUCCCGGCCCGAGCUUUCCCGGCCCGAGCUUUCCCGGCCUGAGCUUUCCCGGGCCGAGCUUUCCCGGGCCGAGCUUUCCCGGGCCGAGCUUUCCCGGCCAUCCCGGCGGCGUCCGCGGCGCUGUCGCAUCCCGGAUUUAAAGGGAUAAGGAGAAAAGAGCGGAUCCUUCCCCGCCUCCGCUUCCCUGCUUAAUUAAAGCAGCGCUUAAUUGGAGCGCCCGGCUCCGCCCGCUCCCGGCUCGGAUCCGCGGCGGAGCCCCGGAACGGCCCCGGAACGGCCCCGGAACGGCUCCUGGAUAUCCUGGAACAGCCCCUGGAUAUCCUGGAACAGCCCCUGGAUAUCCUGGAACAGCCCCUGGAUCCCCGGAACAGCUCCUGGAUCCCCGGAACCGCCCCUGGAUCCCUGGAACGGCUCCUGGAUCCCUGGAACGGCCCCGGAACAGCCUCAGGAUCCCCUGGAACAGCUCCCGGAACAGCCCCUGGAUGCCCGGAAAGCCUCUGGAUCCCUGGAACAGCUCCUGGAUCCCCGGGAAGAGCCUCGGAACAGCUCCUGGAUCCCUGGAACUGCCCCUGGAUCCCUGGAACAGCCCCGGAACAGCUCCUGGAUCCCUGGAACAGCCCCUGGAUCCCCGGGAAGAGUCUCGGAGCAGCUCCUGGAUCCCCUGGAGCAGUCCCGGAGCAGCCCCGGAUCCCGCCCGACUCUUUCCGGCCGUUUUUCCUGCGAGCAGGAGAAUCCCUGGAUUUGUGAAUCCCUGGAUUUGUGACUCCCCGGAUUUGUGACUCCCCGGUGUGAGGAGGAGCCCGAGCCGAUUCCGGCCCCGUCCCCGCUCCCAGCUCCAUUUCCCGGCGAUCCCGGGCCGGGAGGAGCCGCCGUUGUUUUCCCUGGAUUUGGGCUUUUCCCGUGGAUUUUUUUUUUCCCUGUCACCGGGAGGGGCCGGGGAGGGACCGAGGCCGAGCGCUCCCUGCCCUGAGCCGGCGCCUCCUCCUCCUCCUCCUCCUCCUCCUGGAUUUCUCCCGAAAUUCCCGGGAAAAGGGAAGGAAGCUCCCGGUGUCCCCGGCAUGGAAUCGCCACCGCUGCGCCGCUCCCGGCCCGGAUCCUCCGCUGGAUUCCCGAGGCCGUCCUGAGCCCGCCAUGGCCGCCAAGGCGCCCAUCUACCUGAAGCGCGGCGGCCGCAGGGGCAAGAAGGAGAAGCUGCGGGACGUGCUGUCCUCGGACAUGAUCAGCCCUCCCCUGGGGGACUUCCGCCACACCAUCCACAUCGGCAGCGGCGGCCAGGGCGACACCUUCGGGGACAUCUCCUUCCUCCAGGGCAAGUUCCACCUGCUGCCCCGCGGCGGCGGCGGCGGCGAGGACGAGGACGAGGAGGACGAGGCGCCCUUCGCCUUCUCGCGCACGGCCACGCUGUCCGGCGGCGAGCCGGCCGCCGCGCCCUCGCCGCUGCUCAAGAACGCCAUUUCCCUGCCGGCGCUGGGCGCGGGCCGGGCGCUGACGCUGCCCGCGGCGCCGCCGAAACCGCCGCGGCUGCGCCUGGACGAGGCCUCGGCGGCGUCGGCGGCGUCCCCGGCGCGGCCCCGGCACGCCAAGGGAGAGGCCGAGGCCUCGGCGUCGCGCGCCGGCUCGCUGCUGUCCCUGCACGUGGAUCUGGGGCCGUCCAUCCUGGAGGACGUGCUGCAGGUGAUGGAGCGGCACCGGGCCGAGAGCGGCGCCGCCCGGCCGCGGAUCCCGACGUGAGGGCGGCUCCGGGGAGAGGACGCGGAGGAACGGGCGAGGAGCGGGUUUGGGGGCGUUCUCGGGAGCCGGAUCUCGGCUCGGGUUCGUCUGCCGAGGACGGGUGAGGGUCGGGAGGCGACCCCCUCCUCGCUGGACGCCGUCUCAGCGGUUCGUCCUCGGGUGAAUUCCCGAGGGGUCCGGUCGGGAUUUUGAGGGGGGGAACAGCCGGGGUUUGUUCCCCACGGCUCCGAGCGGUCACGGCGGCGUCAGCUCGGCUCCGAAUCCCAGAAACGGGGGAAUCUCCGCCGGGAAAUCUCCAUGUCUCACGUGGAGGAGCCAAAACUCCCCGUGGAGGAGCUCGGAUAUCCCGACGGAGCAACUCAGUCCACGGAGGGGCCAAAAAAACCCCUCUGGAGCGACGGGAGCCGGGGAUGGAAACGGCCGAGGAGACGCCAAAACCACCAAAAAUCCCGGCGCCGGCGCGGAGCGUUGGGUGGAACGGGAGGGAGGGAACGCCGCGGGGAAUCCCGGCUGGAUUUUCGGGAAUACGGACAAAAAUCCCCGCUGGAAACGCCGGGGCUCGGGGACAGGGCGGGGCCUCCUCCUCCCGUUUCACCGAUUCCUGCGAGUUUGAGCCCAGAAAUGCCCCCGCUGCCUAACGAGUCUAAUUUAGAUCAUCUGGCUAAUGAGUCAUUAGAUUCUCUGCUAAGGAACGAAGCCUCGUCCCGCCUCUUCCUUCCCCGACCACUUUUGGUGAAAACACCCCGAGUUCGGGGCUAAACCCGUUCUCCGAGGUUGCCAUCCGUAAAAUAAUUAAGGAGCUGCGGUUAACGAGGCUCGGUCGGCCCCGGGUUUGGUUCCUGUUUGGUCCAACCCUUCCCUGCUCCAAACUCUUUUCUCCCACCACGCUCUGUCCGCUUUUUAUUUAUUUUGUGAUUUUUUUUUUUCCCCUCCCCAAACCGACUCCAGCGCCCGGGACGAAGCCUCGUUUGUGGGUUGGGAUAACGUGGAUGCGCUUUGUUCUCCUGGAUUUCACCCCCAGUUUUCCUGGGGUUUUCACCUUAAUCAGUCAUUUACGGACGGGGCUGUUGGUGCCCCGCCUCGGCCCAGGAAUUGCGAAACCGCCGGAGCCCUUUCGAAACAGCCAAAAUCAGCCAAAAUGCCCUUUUUUUCCCCCCUCCAGUUUUGUUCCCUUUUCUCCCCCAGUUUUUUCCCUUCCAAAGGCCUGGAGUGAAUUUUGGGGUGUUGCAGCUUUAAUUUGGGACCUCGUUCACUCGUUUCUGUUCUCCCACAACUCAUCCCCCUCUGCUCCAGUCCUGGAAAAGCUCCUUUAAUUUGCCAGAUUUUGGUGUUUUUGGGGUUUUUUUACCAGUAAAAGGUGAUUUUCCUUUUCUCACCCCUCUCCUCCUUCCCCUCUUCCCUCUGCCCUGCGCCUCUCAGACCACAUUUGUUACAAACCCCUGAAAUUAUGACCAAAACGUUUGCGCUUACCCCUGAAAUUAUCCCUGAAAUUAACCCCAAUAUCACUUUAUCCCUGAAUUUUUUUUCCCAAUCUUAUCUCCUGAAAAAAAACAACCCAACCCAAACCCAGAUUCCUUAAUUAAUUUUUAAUCAUGAAUAAAUCAUUUGGGAUCCCUUCCCACAGGACUGGAGCCUCCUUCGCUUCUCCCCCUAAUUAAUCACUCCCCGAAUUAAUGAUUUACGCGAAGGGCUGCCGCCAAACUCCGCUGGUUUGUUCCCGGUUCCAGGAAUUUGAGUCAUCCCGUGACUCGGCUCCCGCUCCCCUCCCUUGCUGGGGAGUUCAUUCCAGAAUCGAUCAAGGGUGGGAUCAUUAAUUAACGCCAGCAGGGGCAGAGGCCUGGCAGCGCUCCCGCCGCCCUCCCAACUUCCUCGUUAUCCCGGGAUUUCCGGGCGGCGGAUUAACGCCGCCCACGCCGGCGUUUGACCGCCCGGUGUGGCCGGAGCCGGGAACGGACGCCAGGAACAGCGGCCUGGGAUUACCAGGAGGAGGAGGGAGGGAGGAAGGUUUGACCUUGGGGGGAAAAAGGCAAAUUCCCAGCAAACGGGGAAAAAAAACCCCCAAAACCACGGGCGAGAUGUGGAAGUAAGGAGGGAAAAGAGAGGGGAGCUCACCUGGACGUGAGGAACUCGGCUGGAAGCUGACGUCAAUCCGCGCUCGCUGCGGGAUCUGGGACCCUCUCCUCCUCCUGGGGGAUGGAUUUGAGGAUACUGGGUGAAUUUAGGUUUGAUAAAAAGGGAAAAGAGCUGAAAAAUGGGAAUUUUUGGCAGGAGUGUUUUGGGGAUGAAGAGGCUUGAGGGGUGGUUGGGUUUGGUAAACAGACAAAGGGAUUUUGGGGAGAUUUGGGAUCUGAGGGAUCCAUCCGCACUUAUCCCUAAUUUCAUCCUCUCCUGGCACUUGUUUAUCCCUCGUUUCAUUCCUCUCCUCAACAAUUUAUCCCUCAUUUCCUUCCCAACCCUCUUUCAUCCCUCAAACCUCCUCCGUCCCUUCCCCAUUUCCCUUCCCAUUUUCCCUCUUCCCACCCCUUUCCAUGGGAAGGUUGAGGUUGAAAAAGACCUUUGGGAUCAUCAAAUCCAACCAGCGCCGCCAGGUCACCGUGGAACCGCGUCCCCAUGUGCCACAUCCAGGGGGGUUUUUGGGAUAAUUUGGGAUAACACCCCUGGGGCAGCCCAUGCCGGGGCAGGACAACCCUUUCCAUGAAGGAACUUUCCUGAAUAAACCUCCCCUGCUGCAA